CAGUGCCAGCAGGUGAUCCAGGGCUCCCUGCGGGCGGCCCAGGCCCUGGCCGACGACGUCGAUUUCCACACGUUCGCCUUCAAGGACUUCGGCAAGGGGCUGAUCAAGAAAUGCCGCACCAGCCCCGACGGCUUCAUCCAGCUGGCCCUGCAGCUGGCGCACUUCCGGGACAAAGGGAAGUUCUGCCUGACCUACGAGGCCGCCAUGACGCGGCUGUUCCGCGAGGGGCGCACGGAGACCGUCCGCUCCUGCUCCAUCGAGUCCUGCAGCUUCGUCCGCGCCAUGACGGACUCCUCCCAGAGCGCCGCCCAGCGCCUGGCCCUGUUCCGUGUGGCGGCCGCCAAGCACCAGGCCCUGUACCGCCGGGCCAUGACGGGCGCGGGCAUCGACCGACACCUCUUCUGCCUCUACGUGGUCUCCAAGUACCUGGGUGUGGACUCCCCCUUCCUCAGGGAGGUGCUGUCAGAGCCGUGGGGCCUGUCAACCAGCCAGACCCCCAUCCAGCAGAUCGAGCUCUUCGACCUCAAGAACCACCCCGACUACAUCUCCUGCGGGGGCGGCUUCGGGCCGGUGGACGAUAACGGCUAUGGGGUGUCGUACAUCAUCAUCGGCGAAGACCUCAUCACGUUCCACAUCUCCUGCAAGUUCUCCAGCCCCGAGACGGAUGCUCACCGCUUCGGGGCUAACAUCCGGACGGCUCUGCUCGACCUCCGGGCUCUCUUCAACCUGCCCACCAAGUAGCCUGAAGACGCGCUGCGGGCGGGGGGGGCGGCUGGAUUUCCCCCCCGCUCCAAUAAAGCGAUGGGGCACGGAGACCCCCUAGGGCAUGGGCUGUGUUUGUGUUCAGAGACCCCUACUGGUGCGUCUGCUGGGGGGGAGCAUAGGAGUGGGGGAGAUUCCCGGGGCAGGAUUUGGCCCAGGGGAGGGGCGUUUCCCCGUCCUGGCGCUGGCUGGUACAGCGGUGCGGGGGGGCGCUGCUUGGGCUGGUCCAAAGCCCCCAGCUUCUGCUGGCCCCCCCAUUCCACAGCGCCUGACACUUCAGCUACCCCAUGGGCCCCCAGGAAAUGGGGGGGAGACUUUGCCAUUCUUAUCCCCCCUGCAAAAAACGGGUUUUCAGCUGGGGCUGUAACCAUUGAGGGGGUGUCUGGGGUAGGGCCCCCCCCCGUUGUUUGCUUUUGUGUUGUUUGUAAAGGGGGACUGUGACUGGGGAAGGGGGCAGGGCAGGGCUGAGACUGGAGUCGCUGGCUGCAACUGCGGACGGGUAAUAAAAGUCCAACA